AAACAAACUUUUUAUUGUUGUAUACGUAAUGUGUGUAUUAAAGGCAACCCGAGUAAAUUGAAUUAAUAUUACACCAUAAAUUUCAACCCCAAUACAAAUCCAUGACCUAAGUUCUACUGCUCUCGUUGGACUCUUUUUCUCCAUAUUUCACUGGCUAGCUUGAUGUUGUCUCUAAUUCUCUUUUCAUAAAGGUACAAUUUCUUAAUUCUCCUUCUCCACACAUAUAAAUGGAGAGUUAUUUAUAAAAAAUCAGAAUCUACGUGUGACUUCAAACCAAAUUAAGAGCAUUCGGCCUUAAAACCCAAAACAGAUGAAGCAAUAAAAAAGACCAGAGGGUGGGCUCAAAGAAGGCCACCCAGCCAUUUACCCUCCCCAUUAAGUAUGUAUUUAUAUUUAUCAAUAUUAUUAUCCAUAUAUAUUCAAUUUAGCUGUAAUGUUCUGGUUCUGCACUGCAAAGAAGCAAAGCAUCUCCCUCCCCUUACACAUUUGCCUUGCUUUACCCAGUGGGUAUCCCACCUUUUCUUUGCUUGCAAUUAAUAAUUUCCCAUUCCCCCCUUUCCCAUCUCUGAUAGAUCAAUCAUCAAACCCAAGAACUCAUAAUUUUCCAAGUGCAUAUCUCUACUGUUCAAAUUCAUCCCCAAACUUUCUGCUUCGCUGGAUUUUCGGGAAUUUCAUUGACCCAAUUCCUCAAACACCCUGCAGUCAUUUCAGUUUCUGUGUAUAUAUAACGCUUGCAGAGUUGCAGCUCCUCCUCCAUUAAUGCCCAGCUUAAUUGUGUGUGAAUUUACAGUCCUAGACUCCUCCUAGCAUGAUUUGCUUCCAGUUUCUUUAAAGAAAAGAAGAAAAAGAUGAGUCUUUCCACAGAAGGGUCAAGAAAGGUGACAUGGCAGCCUGGAGGGAUGGUGGAAGAUACAACCAUCUCAAGUUACUGGAUGAACUGGAGGGUGGGUUUAUGCUUCCUUUGGAUUUUCAUAGCAGUGGUUUUAUCAGGUGUGAUUAUAUUUAAGUAUGAAGGCAGAAAAGGUGGUAGUGGUAGAAAGAACAGAGGAGGAAGCAGAGAGCAGGAAGAGGGGUUCUCCUCCUCUGAAGCUGGUGGGCCUGCAGUUUUGUAUGAAGAUGAAGUGUGGAAGACAUGCCUGAAGAAUGUUCAUCCUGCAUGGCUGCUUGGAUACAGAAUUGUUGCUUUUGUUGUUCUUCUCUCAAUGCUCAUUCUUAAUGCUAAAUCUGAUGGUUCUUCCAUUUUCUACUUUUAUACUCAGUGGACGUUCACAUUAGUUACCAUAUACUUUGGGCUUGGGUCAAUGCUAUCGAUGUAUGGGUGCUACCAAUACCAUAAUAACAGAAUCAGCAGUGAAACAGAUCAUAAUCCCAGGUCUGAUGAUGCAGAGUUUGGAUCGGCCGGUCUAUUUUCCCAUCCUGCAAAUGCAAAACAGUCCCCAGCACAUGAAGAACCAAACAGAAAAGUUGCAAACUUAUUGUGCUAUAUUUUUCAAAUAAUUUUCCAGGUGAAUGCCGGAGCAGCAACUCUUACAGAUUGUGUCUAUUGGUUUGUGCUUGUACCAUGUUUGACCAUCAAAGGCUAUAAUUUGAAUUCUUUGAUGAUAGGCAUGCAUUUGGUAAAUGUGAUUGUCCUGCUUAUAGAGGCUGCGCUGAACUGUUUGCGCUUCCCUUGGUAUAGAAUUGGAUAUUUAAUUCUGUGGACAUCUAUUUAUGUCAUUUUCCAAUGGGCUCUCCAUGCUUGCAACCAAAUUUGGUGGCCAUACCCUUUCCUUAAACUGUCUUCUCCCUUUGCUCCUUUAUGGUAUUUAUCGCUGGGGUUAAUGCACAUACCAUGCUAUGGCAUGUUUGUUAUGGUAAUGAAGUUCAAACACCAUUAUCUGUCCAAAAGGUUUCCUCUGUCUUAUCAGUGUGCAAGAUGAUAGAAGGAUCGAAGGGUCGAGGUUUACUCCAUGGCCAACGGCGAGUUGCCAAACAGAACUUUAAUUUAGUUAGAUAUCUUCACAAGGGAGCUGAAGUUAAGAGAAAUACGUUCAACUCCUUUGUAUAUUUUGAUUUUGAGAUUCGGGGGAGUGGGAGUGGGGCAUUUGACAAGAAGGAAAAACAAAUGGAAAAGGGAUUUAAUUUGUAGUACUAAUAGUUAUGUAUUUAUAACACAUUUACACCUCAUAAGGAAUGGGGAUAGUGAGGUUUGUUAGUAGGAAUAUAUAUACACAGUCCUGAAUCGUUGAUUACUUUGGUGGUACACAAUAUUGGAUUUAAUGAAUCACACUUCCAACAUAAACAUUGACGAAUAAUUCCUUUUGUACACCUCCAAAGCCCCAACAUGUACACGUCGUGUAGACGCCUCUUUUUG